AUGCACCAGGAGAUCGGCCCUCCAGUCCCUUCUUGUGCUCCCGGUCUCCCGCCAUCCCGUGUCACUUUGACCGGUACCACAGUGGUGGUUGAGCCAUUGAAACACUCUCACGCCCACGACCUCUACGACAUUGUGAAAGGCGACAACAACCUUCGGCUGUGGACCUACCUCUUCGACAACCCCUAUGACUCCCCAGAGUUCGAAGAAGCGGUGACGGCCAAGUCUCAGUCGGAGGACCCGAUGUUCUUCGCCGUCGUAGAGAAGAAAACCGCCAAACCCAUCGGCUGGCUGAGCCUGAUGCGCAUCGACGCCCGCCACCGCGUCGUGGAGGUCGGCAACAUCCUCUUCUCUCCGCGGCUGCAGCGGACCCAGGCCGCCACCGAGACCAUGUACCUGGUCGCCCGGUACGUGUUUGAGACGCUGCAUUACCGCCGCUACGAGUGGAAGUGCGACAAUCUCAACGGCCCGUCGAAGAGAGCGGCGAUCCGGUUUGGGUUCACGUUUGAGGGCAUCUUCCGAAAGCACAUGGUCUACAAGGGACGGUCGAGGGACACGUGCUGGUUUGCCAUGGUCGACGACGACUGGUUCCAGGAGGGAGGGGUGAAGCAGGGGUUUGAGGACUGGUUGGACGAGGGGAAUUUCAAGGAAGACGGCACGCAGAGGAGGAGACUGGAGGAUGUGAGAGGGGAGCUGAAGGGGCAGAAGGGACCGGUGGUGUUGAGCUUGUGA